AUGUCUUUACCAUACUGGAUCAUCGACGUCUUCUCUACGACUCCCUACAAGGGCAAUCCUCUUGCCAUUGUGGACAACACCACCGCCAACUUGUCAACCACACAGCUCAAACUGAUUACUCGACAAUUCAACCUCUCUGAAACAACCUUCUUUUCAAAACCGUCCAAAGCGGAGGCAACAUAUCGUCUUCGUUCAUUCCUACCUGAUGGAAGGGAAGUUUUUGGCGCCGGACACAACAUCCUUGGUGUAUGGUGGUUCCUCGCAUCCUCAGGGAGACUGGAUUUGACUAGUCCAAAGGCUGUGCGUGAGGAUGGCACAGAGGAGCAUGUUGUUUUUCAGGAAUUGGGAACAGAUGUUUUGCCAGUAACCAUAUUGAAGAAGGGGUCUGAAUUCUCAGUUGCUCUGCGACAAGCUCCCCCACAGGCACAUGGUGUUCAUCCCGAACCAGCAAGUCUAGCAGCCAGCAUUGGAUUAUCCGCCGAUGAAGUUGGUGUUGCUGUCAAUGGCCCCAAGGGACAAGUCCAGCUUCAACCUCAAGUCAUGUCAACUUCGACCACGCAUCAUCUCCUCGUUCCAGUGUCGUCAGUUGAUGCCUUGAACAAGGUUUCCGUUCAAAAGGAUAAGUUGCUCGAACAGCUGGCUCUGGUGGAUAAGCGUGCCUACGGACUCUUUUUGUUCACGCCAGUGGAGGGUAAGGGCGAGAGACCGUCAUUCCAGGCCCGUUUCUUUAGCCCCGGGAUGUCGGGUGAGGAUCCUGCUACGGGGAGUGCGGCUGGGCCUUUCUCUGCCUAUCUCUAUAAGAGCGGUGCUUUGGCAGUGGAUGGGGAUGUUGGCGAGAUUGAGGUCCAUCAAGGAUUGAGGGUUGGUAGACACUGUAUUAUUCGGGUUAGAAUUGAGACUGCAGGCGAGCUUGGUGUUGAUCUUUUGGGAGGGGGUGUUGAGGUUGCGGAUGGGACGAUUCGUGUUCCUGGCGAGGAGUUGGGGUUUUGA